UUGGGGUGUUGGGAGAUGCUGGCCAGACAGUUCGGGCUGCUGUUUCAGCCCGAGCGAGGCGGGCGGCUGCUCUGCGGCCCCAACCUUUUGCUCGCCAAGCAUGGCAGCCUCCACCACCUCCCACCGGCCGAUCAAGGGAAUCCUGAAAAACAAAAUUUCCACCAGUUCCUCGGUAGCAUCUCCUGCCCAGCCAUCAGGAGGUGCUACCCAGGAGGUGCAGCGAAAGAAAUCUCAGAGGUGGGAUGAAUCCAACAUUCUGGCGACGCACCGUUCAUCAUACAGAGACUAUGAUUUAAUGAAGAUAAACGAGCCUGGCACUCUCUGCGUUAGUGUACAAGAUGAUGGGGAAGAUCCCAGUGAAGUCGAAGCAAAAGAAGACAUGACUCCAGACAUCUUAGCUAAGAAACUAGCAGCCACUGAUGCAUUUGGGCCCCAUUGCCAGGAAGAAGAGCAAGACAGCAGUGAAGCGCACACGAGCAAAUACCUUCUCGACAAACAAGAGAAACAGCGACAGUUUGAGAUGAAAAGGAAGCUUCAUUACAAUGAAGGACUGAACAUCAAGUUAGCUAGACAAUUAAUUUCAGAAGACCUACAAGCUGAAGCAGAAGAAGAUAAAAAUCAAGAAAGUCUACAUUUUACAAAUGAAGAAAAGACUACUACAGAAGAAGCUCACACAACGGAAGAACUACACACGCAGUCAUGCAACGCCUAGAAGACCUUUGCUACCGUGAAUUACUAUCAAAAUGCUUCUUCUCUUUCAUAUUCAUGCUUUAACUGCUGAUUUGCCGAUCAGUUAAAUUGUACUACCAGAAAUUAAAUGGUAAUCUUAAAAAAUAAUA